CUUAGCACUGAGAUUUGAGCGGACAAAUUCUAUAAUGUGUUUACAUAUAUUCAUUUUCUACUUUUUUAUAGAUUCUAAAGAGCUAUAUAAGAAGUGGAAUCACUAAGAAUGGCUUCUAGCCCUUGGAAUGAAACCACUACCUCUGUUUAUCAGUACCUUGGUUUUCAAGUUCAAAAAAUUUACCCUUUCCAUGAUAACUGGAACACUGCUUGUUUUGUUAUCCUACUUUUAUUUAUAUUUACUGUGGUAUCCUUAGUGGUGCUGGCUUUCCUUUAUGAAGUGCUUGACUGCUGCUGCUGUGUAAAAAACAAAACUGUGAAAGACCUGAAAAAUGAACCUAACCCUCUCAGAAGUAUGAUGGACAACAUUAGAAAACGUGACACCGAAGUGGUCUAG